AAGAAAAACCUCCAAAGCGUUUACAGCAAGGGAAGAAUAUGGGAAAGUUACCAACGGAAAAGAAAGACAAAACAUACCUACUUAGGAAUGAAAACGAAGAACUUGAGGGUGAGCACAGUGAGUAUAAAGAGAAAAGAAGUUUCCCGCGUGCGAUAAAAGGCAAAGAAAGAGGAAGUAUAAAUCUCAGGAAGGAAAACAGGGAGUUGGAAGGCUCACCAAAGGAGGAAGAAUUAGGAAGUGACGACGAAUUUGCAGAGUACAUACUUGGAGAUAGAGGACAACUGUCACAAGAAAGAAAUCGUGGAACGAAAUAUAAAUCUCUGGUCCCUACCACGCUAUCCAACAUUCCUCAAGUCCGAAAGAAAGAACUGGUCAGGGCUAUCCCAAAGAAACCAAUUGUUAAAACUAGAGCUGUGCCACAGGAUAAGCCGGCACCUAUUGUUGAAAAAUGCACUGAAGUUGAGGAAAAACUGGAAGACUCUAAUUUCUCACUAGCUAGCUUGAAGGUGGAGGCAUCUGACGAAGAGGAGGACGGAUCAGAAGAUCAAGACACGGAAGGACAGAUGGAGGAGAUGGAGGAGAUGGAGGAGAUGGAGAAGCCGGUGUCCAGUGCAACUACAAUACCUUUGAAAAGGACUUCCAUAACGAAAACCGUCAAAGAGAGUCCAACGCGGAUCUUAUGGAGGAAAGUCACCCACUGCCUUCUGAAGUUCACGCGUUCCCUCCGCAUACCAGAUGAGAGACAACUGUUUGAAAUAUAUCUCAAACAAGAACUUCAGAAGUCGAAGAUGAGGAAAGACAAGUCAUUUAAAGUUCUUGAUGUUGAGGGCUUCGAGCGCACAGUGUACACACGCCAGGCCCUCCGAAACCUGUUGAUCGAAGUCAACAAUCUGCCUACGGACCUCCGCUUUUGGGUGGAAGCCAACAGGUACAAGGAACAAAUUAACUCUCACGUCAACUACUACCUCAGCGUCGAGAAAGACGAGGAAAUCGAGGACAGCAAUCAAUUCGAGAAAAUGGACAUUGCAGACCAACUUACUCCAGCCGCAGGAGACAGGCCAAUCCAGAACUCAAGGAGGGAUAUAUUGGCUAAAAUCGAGAACGACAACCCAAUCCUAGGCAUGCGAGCACGUGCCAUUGUUGAAUGUUUCUUUAAAUCUGUUUGCGACCCAGUGAUUCAGGUGAACUGUUGCACGGACAAGAAUGCCUCACAAAUAAUAUCAAACCUCGCAUCCAACGGAGUGACUCCUGACCUUUUCCACGACAUCUGUAUUCGUCUCUUGCCCCUUCUGUACAACAUGUGGAAAGACUUUUCAGAAGAAUGGCUUUCACAUACUGAUGCAUCUGAAAGACAAGAAAAAGUUGCACAGCUUCUGAAAGUCUACAAGAAUCCCAUCAUUGGGGACUUUCUUCAUCCAGAGGAACCAUCAGCGGACUACCUUCACAUACGGCUUUCCGACUUCAGUUUAUGUCCAGUGAACAAAAAGGACGUGAAAGAUUUUGUAGGUUGCCUGCUGACGUUUGACAUUCGCAACGGCACCCGUGUUGUCUACCCCGAAACAUUCAAGGACCAUGAAGAAAAAACUAAACAUCCGACCAACCAAAAGGACAAGGGAGCUAAAAACUGUAAUCAGAACUUGCACGUAGCAAAAACAAUGAAAAACAAUAACAUGAAAAGUUCAUCUAAAUUGUCCAUCGUCUCCGAGGCAGCUUCAACACGAAGCUCCAGAUGUAGGAACCCCUUGACCUGUGGUGAGAGAAAGCAAGGGACGAAAAAUACGUGCAACAGCUUCUCUGCAGAGAGAGAAUUAGAGUUGCCCAUUACAAAGGAGAGAGAACAGAAUCUAGAGAAGAAAUUAAAAGGAAGAAAAGAAAGUGACAACAAGCAGACAAAAAUUUGCUAUGGACGAGAAGAUUGCCAAGAUGACACAGAGUCAUUACUUCAAAAACAAAAAUAUUCUCAAGCAACUGAGGGUGGGAAAAAUGGACUUGCAAAACGAAGAGCGUCUCGUGACCAUGAAGGCACUAGAACAUGUCUUACACAUAAACUACAGAAAGGAAAACAACAACAAGCCAUGCAACAAUAUUGUUCCAUGAAACAUUCAAGAUUUGGCGUCGGUCAACGUGAGGUGUCCCGGUUGUUGAGUCCCACUUUGCUGAGUCCCAGUCGUCCAAGACCAGAUGGUUGUCUUCGGGUGAAGGGCAGCCAGAGUUUGUGGGGGCCCGGCAGCCGCUCCUUCAAUGACUAUUUCGUGGAGCAGGUCAGCAGACUGAUCAUCCUACUGUUUGAGAGUCGCAAAGGUUCAUUAAGUACACGAUGCGCACGCACUCCUCGAGUUGAGCUCUUCGUGGAGGGAGGAUCAGCAUCCAGCUUCACCUGGGGAUUAACGGUCCGUGAUUCAUCUUCCUGUCAGGGUGAUGCCGUCUGAUAUCCAGCCAAUCCAGGGCCUCCAGACAGUCUCAAGGUCGGACAUCAGUAGUUUCUGUCACGUGGUGUACACAGGCCACGUGAGCUGCUCGUCCCGUGUCUUCUGGAACGUUCUGUUGUUCUCUACAGCCAGCAGUUGAAUAGUCUGUUUUCUAAACCUUAUAAAGAGAAAUGAACCCAUCAGCCAUGAACGAAAUUUCAGAAUGUUUCAGUAUUGAUGUAAGCUUAUUUAUAUAUCAAAUAGACAACAAUUAAAGUGGACAAGCAAAUGAAGUGAAGCUGUUGUCAAACGUUUACCAGAGAUAAGAUGUAGAUAUUCAUAGGUUCUGUAUUGGAGUAAUACAGGGAGAAAUGUUACCUUUACAUUUUGUGGCUCUUAAUUCUUUCAUGUAGUUGGAUUUCGCUUUUGUAGAGCUCUCCUACCUUCCUUUUUACUUCUUUCUUAUUUUUAUUUAAACAUGAUAUCAUUUUCAUUUUAGAUCACUCAGUUUUAUAUAUAUAUAAACAUAUUUUCGUAGAUAAUAUUUAUCGCAAAGUGUGAGUGUAAGAGAGAAAGCCUGAUUGUGCUCACGCAUGUGUUGGUGCAGGUGUCAGCAGGCACAGUGAAGUUCGCUCGUCAUCAAAGCAUUCAUCAGAGAUAAUCAGCUCUUCGUCUGUCUUUUUUAGACUGAGUUCUCUUUUUUUUUCUUGUCUCUAUCCGCUGUGCAUCUUCAUUCCUCAUUCUUAUUUACUACGACGAUGACGACAAAAAGAGAGCACAAGGGUGGGGAGCGAUGAUCUGUGUGAGAUGAUCUGCAAGUGUUAUUUUGCAAAACUACUAAGGUGUGUGUGGGUGUGGGUGAGGGUGUGGGUGUGGGCAGGGGUGCUUGUUUUGACAUGUUAUCGCUUCAUCGCUGCAAAAAUAGAUGCUGGGUGAAUAAACUUUUCCGAAGUAACUUCAAGAGAGCGUGACGAAUAAUCCUUGAUGGGGUGUUCUAAUGGCGAGCACACACACACACACGGUCCCUCUUCCCCUCCCCACACACAAACACACACACACAUCCCCCAAGCAUCCGUAUGCACACGUACAAGAACGCGCCUGCACCAGACACGCCCACGUGCCGACGGUUAGCGAAAACAUUUACUGAGCUCGAAGGUAAGACUAGCGAGCAGAUGGCCCCCAGCACCCUGGCCACUGCGACUACUACAUGGAGAGAAGCUCGUCACAACGUGAACUUGACGGGAAAUAGCCGUGACCUCCGGGGUUAUCAAGUUUAAGCAGAGGGGGAACAGAAUGGUUUUGUUAGCGGAGCCCAUGAACAGGUGGUCUUUCUCAAUGCCAUCCCCUCCAUCAUAAUCGCCAUUUGCCGCAAGAAUACAGAUGGAAUGAAUAUUGAAAUGUGAUUUAUUCUUAAACAACCAAACCAAGCAGCACACGAAUGUUUUCAUUAACCUGAAUUUUUUUGCGGGAGAUAUUUCUGUCACAAUUUGUGUGCUUGUUUGUGAGCUGUUCUCUU